CCCGAUAACAACCUCAACUCAACCUGUAUACCCUCAAGUGGAUUUGUGUAUGUGUCCUUGAUCAUGGCCAUCAACCUCGACGAAGAAGUACGGCUCUGGACGACCAACUCGGAGAGGGAGAGCAUCGAGAACUUUUCGACCCUCUAUGGGUUGAUCGUCAGUCUGGAAUACCUGGAGAGGGCUUAUGUGAGAGAUAGCGUUAGCAGUAAAGACUACGCACCAGCAUGUAUAAAGCUCUUAGCGCAAUACAAAUCACUCCUCAAACUCCUCCAGAACCAGCUAGAUCGUCCUUACCACCAACCUAAUGGGGAAAAACUUGUCGGGUUGGAAGGGUUUAUGCGACGGUACAGGAUGGACUGUCCGGCGGCUCUACAUCGGUUGGUAGUGGGCGUACCGGCUACGGUGGAACAUAGUGCAGAGGCCGGGGCGGGGGAAGGGGAAGAGCUCGGGAAAUGGGUUGCGGAGACGACUCAGUCGUUCAUCACCUUCAUGGACGCCCUAAAACUAAACCUCCGAGCCAAAGACCAGCUCCACCCCUUUCUCUCUGACCUGAUGGCCGGUUACUCCAGGUUCAAGGGUAGUGGGGAAUGGGAGGGGAGGGGAAAGAUCUUGGGGUGGUUGAUAGAGCUCAACGGGUUGAGGGCUAGUGAGGAGAUUACCGAGGAACAGAGUCGGCAGAUGCUGUUCGAUAUUGAACACGCUUACAACGAAUUCUUCCGAUCACUCAGCUCGGGGAGCAAGAGCUCGUGAUAGGACAUGUAGUACGGAUUGAGGAACCACUCGUACCCAGCUCUCGGAACUGGCACUCAGGACGAUGCAUAUCCACAUUCUUCCGCAAUGUGCCGGACAGUAGACAGUAUCGGGACGAUACAACAACGUUUACUGUGCAAGCGGGAAGAAGGAUUGAGGAGAGUGCCCGGACGAUAGAUCAGAGAGAUUGGAUGUGAGGGAGGAUUUUUUGUCGAUAUUCUCAGUAAUGUCAGGUGAUCGUAAAGUAAUCGGCAAGUGAAUCAAGAAAACGCGAAUAAAGGUUGUAGAUAACGAUUAUACCUGAUUGUAAUGAUAUGAAAGCCAAUUCGAUUGCGAUCGAUGCGCUUGGAGAUGC